AUGGAGGUGUCGUGUGACAUUGAGAUGAUACGCGAUCCGGACUCGCGGAAGUCUAACAUCACCUAUGUGGCGCGUCACAUAGAGGAUGCGCUGACAUCGCAACGCGAGUACCGCGAUGGCUGCGGUGUCAACUGCCGUCAGGCGAUGGCGCGCUCCUGCUGCUUCUGGUUCGGUAAACGGUAUGGCAACUACCUUAUCUGCCUUUACCUCAUUACCAAAGCCUUGUACAUAUUCAAUGUGGUCGGGCAGUUUUUUCUAAUGAAUCGAAUUUUGGGCACGAACUACACCUUCUAUGGCCUCGACCUCAUCCGCGAUAUUGCCGAGGGGUAUCUGUGGGAGGAGUCGGGCAAUUUUCCUCGUAUCACGCUUUGUGAUUUUGAAAUCCGCAAACUAGCCAACAGCCAUCGCUAUACUGUCCAAUGUGUCCUUCCCAUAAAUAUGUUUAAUGAGAAAAUUUUCAUCUUCCUCUGGUUUUGGUUCAUCCUCGUCUCCGCUGUAAGUAUCAGCUCCUUCCUGUACUGGUCAUACAAGUCCAGCUUCCGUUCCAACCGAAUCCACUUUAUUCGGAAGUUUCUCAAGCUUCGAGAUUCUCUCGAGCCGGGCGAGAAGAAACGUAGCUACGCCUUCGUGGACUCCUAUCUUCGACAAGACGGCGUUUUCAUUCUUCGUCUUGUGGCCCAAAACGCUGGUGAACUGGUAGCCUCAGAGAUUGUGGAGAAGCUAUGGCAAAUGUUCAAACGACGUCAAUCACUACCGACCACAGAGAAAGUAAGAGCUAACGAGGUUGGCUGGAAAUCGGGUGUUUCAGGGCACUCGCACAUUCACUCCCCACCAAUGCGGGCCCCUCGAAGCUCCGAGCUCUCUCCCACCUCCAUCACUUCACCCUCCAUCAAUGCGCCGACAAAUCAUGGACCGAAACAUCCCUUCGGAAGUGGACUGCCACCCCCACCAUCUGUGCCUGCGGCACAGUAUGCCAUGCCUCCUCCACUUCCUCCGCCACCAGGCAGCGCCGCAUCUGCAUCAAACAGCGUUGUCAGUGGUUCAACUUCGAGCAACACUCAGAGCACUGGGCGAUCUAAGAGCGGCUCCAAACACUCCUCCCUGCCCUCCAAAAAACUCGGCGUGAAAAGAAACUUCCAUAACCGAACUAUUGAGGAGGAUCCGGGUGAAUUUGUUUGA